UUGAAAUAAUAUUUUCCUUUUCUGUACUACCAUACUGUUUGUCGAGAUUUUUGAAAGGAAGUCUUGUAUUUGAAGGCUGGUUAACGUGGAAUCUAAAAGUUUAUAAUUAUUUCCUUGCAUUUGGAUUUCAAUUCUUUCCAAUUAUGAUUCAAAUAAUUCAGAAUACAGCAAAUGAUGUAUUUUCACCAGUAAGCAUCAAUCUGUUGAAUGGACAAAUUCGUGUUCUUUGCAUGAGGGUGGCACGAAUUGGUAAAGAUAAAAGGAAGACUCAAGAUGAUAACUAUACAGAACUUAAGUUGUGUAUAAACGACCAUCGAAAUAUCAUAAGCUUAUUUGACAUUAUUAAACCAACGAUCUCACAAACUGUACUCGUUCAACUUAUCAUUACUGGAGCUGUAUUGUGUUUGACGGUUUUCUCUUAUCUAAAGUUCAAUCAUGAUUCCAUUGGUCAACUGAUCAUGACUGUUAUCGACAUGUUGACGAUCUUGUCUGUAUCAUUUCCGGUAUGCUAUUUCGGAAAUUCACUUCUGGAGGAAAGUGAUCGUUUGACAACAGCCAUUUACAAUUGCAACUGGAUGGAUCAGACAUUGAAGUUUCAAAAAACUCUUAUAAUUUUUAUGCAAAGAUCUCAGAUUGAAAAUAUUUUAAAUGCUGGUGGUCUUGUAAGAAUUAAUUUACAAACAUUUAUUGCGAUUCUCCGGUUCUCAUUUUCUAUGUUUACUGUGCUCACUCAAAUGUCUGGAGGAAUUGUUUCAACAAAUUAAUUUUAUUUACAUCUACGAUAUUUUUAUAAAGGAC